AUGUAUGCUGUCCACUUUCGGCUUUUACUGGCUGUCUUCGGACUCCUAGGGCAAUGCGUCGUUGCGCUGUCGGGACCAAAUCAUCAUGAACACCUACACGACCUGCACUUAAACCUUCCGGACAAGCGAUUACUUCUGGACGACUUUUCUGAGCCCAUCAGUGUGACGGGAGAACAUGAGUUCCAGCCACCAGGCGAAGGAGACCAGAGAGGUCCAUGUCCUGGCCUCAAUGCUAUGGCAAACCAUGGAUACAUUCCCAGGAAUGGUGUUGUGUCCUUGCUAGGGGCCAUCGGCGCGAUGAAUGAGGUGUUCGGCGUCAGUAUAGAGCUGGCCGGGCUCCUGGCUGUGAUGGGCACGGUAUGGACUGGCAAUCCGGUGUCCUUGAACCCAUCCUUCUCGAUCGGCGGAACGGAUCCAGAAGUGCAGGACUUGCUUCGAAACUUGCUCGGUCUCCUGGGCGAGCCCAGAGGUAUCAGCCAUUCCCAUAACUUCAUCGAGGCAGACUCAUCGCCCACGAGGAACGAUCUCUACGUGACGGGCGACCCAGUCACGAUGAACCUAACGAACUUCGAGCACCUGUACGAUCUGGUCUCUGAGAACACCAACGACACCGCAACCCUCGACGUGCUGAUCGAGCACGCUGCGGUACGCUGGAACCAAAGUGUUUCGACCAACCCAUACUUUUACUAUGGUCCAGUCACCGGCAUGAUCGCUCGUAACACUGGAUACUGUUUUGUUAGCAAUCUCCUUGCCAACCAUAACAAGGAAAACCCAACCGGAUAUUUGACACCACAUAUCCUCAAGAGCUUUUACGCAGUGACUGGAGACCAGGAGAACUUCACAUAUACCAAGGGUCAUGAGCGUAUCCCCGAGAACUGGUACAAGCGCGGGCUGGACUACACUCUGGUGCAGCUGAACCUGGAUGUGGUCACAUUCGUGUUGAAAUAUCCAGUAUUUGGCAGCAUUGGCGGAAACACUGGCAAGGUCAAUUCCUUCACCGGCGUGGACUUGUCGAAUCCAGUCGGUGGUAUCCUAAGUGGGAUCAACUUGCUGGAGGCGAAUAACCUGCUGUGCUUCGUGCUGGAAGUGGUCAACUUUGCGGCUCCAAACUACCUCAACAACCUAGUGGAGACGUUGGCUGUGCCGCUUGAGCUCAUCACUAAGUACGUCGCCGCGCCACUGCUCAGUACGAGCUGCCCACAACUUGGCGAGAUCACGCGGGAUGGUGUUCCGCUCUGGGACUCUCUGGGUGCCUAG